CAUUGCAAGGGAGUUGUAUAUGAAUCAGUGUCCAGCGAUGUCUUCACUAACUUGGCAUUUGAAGAUUGGGUUUAUAACAACCUAGAUUUAAGCACAACAAAUCUACUACUGCUAUGGCGAAAUGAUCCCUGCGUUGUGAUUGGUCGUCACCAAAAUCCGUGGGCCGAGUGUCAGCUCAGACAGCUCUGGGGUUCAAAGGUCAAAUUAGCAAGAAGAAGGAGUGGAGGUGGUACUGUUUACCAUGAUCUAGGCAAUCUCAACUGCACUUUCUUCACUGACAGGAAGCGAUAUAACCGCAAAGAAAACCUGGAGCUGAUAACCAACGCACUGAGGUCCACAUGGCCAGGGUUGGACGUCACUGUGUCAUGUCGGGAUGAUAUUCUACUGGACAACUUUUUCAAAGUUUCAGGCUCAUCAGCCAAGUUAGGACGUCAGAUUGCAUAUCAUCACUGCACGCUACUGCACAGUGUUAACACACCAGAACUAAAAUCACUGCUACAUAGUAAGAAGGAGGGACUGACUAACAGAGCCACUAAGAGUGUCGAGUCUGCGGUCAAAAACUUGUCGGAUGUAGAACCAAGCAUAAGACACUCGUCCCUGGUUGAUGUCAUAGCUGAGCAAUUCUACUCACAGUAUCAGCCAUUAUAUAAAAACAAGGUGUACCCAAUGGAUCCAUCAUCUGAAGUAGACUGGCCAGGAGUCCUUUCAAGUAGAGAGGAACUUGGAAGUUGGAACUGGGUGUACGGGAAGACGCCGCAAUUCAGUGUGCAGAGAUCUCACACUGAUGUGUCAGUGUUGGUCCAUGUUCACCACGCCCGUAUACUGGGUGUGGUCAUACAAGCGUUGGAUGGAUGGAUUGAUACAGGGCUCAUACAGGAACUCACAGGACACCUGGCAGGAACAAAAUUCUGGCCAAAAGAUGUCGCUGAAAUCACAGAGGCUUUCCUUGGAGCAGUCAUUGUUGACGCCGAUACGAGACAAAAACUUCAUCUCGUCUGCAAGCUUUUACAAGAAACACUCUCUUGAGCUGUAAUCAACAUCUUACUCCAUGAAAAUAAAGAUUUGUGAUUUCCCAAACCAAAAAAGUGAAUUUCUUGACUGGUUUCUGUACAACUGAGUCUGUUGGUAAAAUUCAAUGUUCCCACUUCUCGAUUCAAAAAUAACAGUAAAAAUAAGCACAAAAUACUGAUUUUAAAACUGAACAAAUUUUAACAGCCAUCUUAGUCGGUGCCUCUUUAAAAAAUCAUUUC